CCAAACACUGUUCUACCGUCUGCGAGAAUGAAAGAAAACUCAGUACUUCAACAGGUAAACUUGCGCUAGAAAGUCGAUUUUGAGUGUCUAAAUAUUACCAAAAUUGACUUCAUGCUCGGCAGAAACGAAUGGUGCCAAUUUCGGAAACAUGAAACUCAAGAAUGUUGUUAUAAAUUUACUGUUCUUCCUCACUCUUCCUCUGAGUGCGACUGGACUAUGGUGGGCUGUAGGUAGUCCACUAACGUUCGACCAAAACAGAAUAUGCCGAAAAGCCAGGCGUCUUGCGGGAAAACAACAGGAUCUUUGUAAAAAAGAACCAGAAAUAAUAGAAAUUGCUCUGCUGGGUUCUCGGACACAAGGCCUCAGAGAAUGUCGAUAUCAAAUGAAGCUGAGGAAGUGGAACUGCACCAGUAUGUCACUUGGUAAAGUUCUAUUGCAAGCUACUGCUGUCAAAUUACACAUGCGAACUGAAUGUAAGUGUCACGGACUCUCAGGGACAUGUAGUUUGAAAACAUGCUGGAAACGGAUGCCCUCGUUUCGGGAUGUUGGAAAUCGACUGAAGGAAUUGUUCAACGGUGCCAUUAAAGUAACAGGUGCUAACAAUGGAAAAACAUUAUUGGCUGUUGGAUCCAAUAUAAAAGCACCAACUAUAACAGACUUAGUUUAUUCUGUAGAAUCUCCAAAUUUCUGUGAGCCAGAUAGAAAAGUCGGUUCGAUUGGAACGGCCGACCGAGUGUGUAAUAGCACCUCGGAUGGCGUGGACGGCUGUGACAUUAUGUGCUGCAAUCGUGGUUUUACAAACAAAAUAGUGAAUCGAACUUACCACUGCCGAUGCAGAUUCAAAUGGUGCUGUGUUGUGGAAUGCGAUAUAUGUAGAGCUAAUGUCACAAUAAGUCGAUGCAAUGGAUAUAAUAUUUAAAAUUAUUGGAAACAUUUGUGGACAUAGUGGUCUUAACAACUUUAUUGUCGCAUAUAAAAAAAAAACAAAACAACAAAUGUAAAAACUGAGGAUUUAAUGUUGCCGAAGGAGUUCCUAGAAGUUGGAUAGAACACUCGAUUCAUAAGAUGUAUGAUUUCUGUACAGUGUAUUCAAAAUAUAUUUAUAUAUUUAA